AUGCUACCCACACCUAUCAAAGAUACCGAAUCCUCUUUCAUAUUCCCAGACCAGACAUGUCAACGUUUUACUGUUGCUGAAAUUCAAUCGGCGACCCAAAACUUCGACGAGGCAUUAGUCAUUGGCUGGGGAGGAUUCGGUAAGGUGUAUAAAUGUUCCAACAUCGGGUCCAUGAGCGAAGUUGUAGUCAAACGAUUGCACUCCAUGUCCAAUCAAGGAGCCAAUGAAUUUGAGUCGGAAGUCAAGGUCCUUUCUAUGCUGCGACAUGGUAAUCUUCUAUCUUUAAUUGGUUAUUGCAAUGAUGAAAGAGAGAUGGUUCUCGUUUAUGAGUUCAUGCCUAAUGGGACACUUGAAGAUUAUCUUCGCAAACCCAAUUCGUCUUUAUCCUGGUUACAACUACUGAAGAUAUGUGUAGGAGCAGCUCAGGGUCUAGACUACCUUCACAGGGGUACAUCAGCUCAGCAUGGAGUCAUACAUCGUGAUGUGAAAACUUCUAAUAUUUUGUUGGAUGCAAACUUUGUUGCUAAAGUUUCAGACUUCGGAUUGGCUAAAGUUGGUUUAAUGGAUAGAACUCAUGUGAGCACGGCUGUGAAAGGGACAUUUGGAUAG